AUGAACUUUCCGCGCUUCUCAAAUCCCCACUUACGAGCAGAGCAAUUCGAAGUCAUCUCUAGAUCUGAUCUCCUUGAGUCUGAUACGGAGAAUGCCAUUGAUGCUAAGAACAUCGAUGAUGUGCAUAAGCUCGACGCACUUGUGAAGCGUACUCUUGGCGACUUUGCUGGAUCUGAGCCGCCUCGCAAGAAGCGGAAGAGAAAGGACACAGACACUGAAGUGUCUCAUACGACGUCAAGUGUUGUCUCCUUCCGCCUGCUUUCUUCGGCGCCUGUACGGGAGUACAACUUGUUACCGAAGCCUCAUCCUGAGAUCAACAAUGAAGGCCCGCCUUGUGAAGACGACGAAAAUUCAAUCCAAUUGAGGCGCCAACGAGCUGCGGCUACCGCCGUCGAUCAUGACUGGGUUAUACGAGAAGGACGCGCUAUAACUGCAGCGCGCCUACCGUCCACGGUGUUAGAAAUUCAGGCAGCCCUGCCUGAUACUCCACCACCAUUGGCUUUGCUUGAACGUCCUCGCUCGAUCCCUCCGGUGCGACUCCAGCUCACUUCUUCGGCAAAGCCAUCACCACACGAGGCGAGAGUGGCUUCAGCUUGUCCGUUGCUGUCUUUCUCGACGCUCGAUACUCCUCCGGCUUCAACAGCUGUCUCUGAGACUGCACGUCGACGUAUGCGCAGACAGAAGAAGCGAGAGCACGAGAAGCCGAACACACGUCCAUCAGCGAUGUUUUGGCGCCCUUCGCUGAGCAUACACGGGCGUAUCGGAUAUGCUAUGGGGUACGAAGGGAGCUGGGCCGUCGAAGACGACGCGGAGAGGAGUCGAGUGGGGUAUGUCAGGGAUAAUAUGAAGAAAGCGGUGUGGGCGGCCUCAGUAGUGUAG